AUGGGAAGCUUGCUAUGCCUAGAACGUGGUGAGAUAUCCAUGUAUAGCAUGCGAUCAGUAUUGUGCGCAAUGAAUAAACCAAUAAUUACAAUGUUUAUAACGGAACCAGACAAAUCGCGUCCCGUUUUCGUACACGCAUUGACAAGGUGUCCGCGGAUCACGUUGCCCGACGGCGCGACGCCUGACAUGGAAAAGGGGCAUAUCUCGCUCACACCGUACUCUGUUGUGGAACAACUCGUGGCAAGGGGGGAGGUUAAACUCAUUUAAUGUAAUUUACUAUUAUUGUAUUACAAUUCGUGCAUGCAUGAACAGCUUAUGUUCCUGCUCUCACCAUCUUCAUUGCCC